UGUAGGCGCUGGCGAACCGAGAAACGUGCCUGCUUGGUGCAUUCUGGCGCGGUUUGUUCCUGGAGGGGGUUCCGCAUUUUCGGAAAUGGCGUGACGUUUUUAUGCAUUCUUCGUGACCCAUCCCAAGAGGUCUGCUGACAGUUCUUCAUUUCAUCAUGGAUCAGCAGUUCAUUGAAGGCUGGGACAAGGCGCCCAACCUUCUAGGAGAGGGAGCCUUUGGCGAGGUGCACCUGCUCACGAACCGCGCCACCGGCGAGGCGGUGGCCAUGAAGGUGAUCGACACGCGCAUCCACGCCGGCGUGUACGAGCAGGCGCGCAAGGAGUUCACCAUACACCGGCGGCUGGACAACGACAGCAUCAUCCGCGUGUACGGCGUGCGCAAGGAGCCGCCGCUCAUGUACCUGUUCCUCGAGUACGCGCCCGGCGGCGAACUCUACGACAAGAUAGAGCCGGACGUCGGGCUGCCUCAGCUGGAAGCUCAGCGCUACUUUCGCCAGAUCAUCGGGGGCGUGGAGUACCUGCACCGGCUGGGCAUUGCGCACCGCGACCUCAAGCCGGAGAACAUCCUGCUCGACAACCACGACAACAUCAAGAUCUCCGACUUCGGCAUGGCCACCAUCUUCCGGCUGAACGGCGUGGAGCGCAAGCUGGACAAGCGGUGCGGCACGCUGCCGUACAUCGCGCCCGAGGUGCUGCGCGGGCCGUACCGGGCUGAGCCGGCCGACCUCUGGUCCUGCGGCGUCAUCCUCGUCGCGCUGCUCACCGGAGAGCUGCCGUGGGACGAGCCGACGCCGACACAGCCCGAGUACCGCGGCUGGCGGGACGGCAAGAUCGGCCGGCCGCCCUGGGUCAAGGUCGACAGUCUGGCGCUGGGCCUGCUGCAGCGGCUGCUGCAGCACGCGGCCGGCCGGCGCGCCACCGUACAGACCAUCCGCGACAGCGCCUGGUUCAAGCGCCGCCUGCGGUCCGACGGGGACCGCUGGUCGCUGGACGGCUGCCCGCCGCCGCCGGCCCGCGGCGGCGCCGACGACGUGCCGUCGUUCUCCCAGCCGGCGGCCGGCGCCGAUGAGCUACUGCUCGGCACGCAGUUCCAGAACACGCAGCCGGGCACGGCCAGCAGUCAGACGCCGCUGCAGCGGCUGGUGAAGCGCAUGACGCGCUUCUUCGUGACCACCAACCAAGCGGAGACGCUGGACCGGCUGAAGGAGCUGUUCGACAGCUGCGGCUACACCUGGCGCUUCACAGGAUCGUGCACGAUGACCGUCCAGACGCUGGACCGGCGGAAGAUGCCACUGACCUUCAAGGCCAGCGUGCUGGACAUGACGGACCACGUGCUGGUCGACUUCCGGCUCUCCAAAGGCUGCGGCCUCGACUUCAAGCGCCACUUCAUCCGCAUCAAGCAGAAGCUGCCCGACAUCCUGCUGAACGUGCCGGUGAACUGGUCGGUGGCGGCGGCUACCAACAGCGUGCCGUAGCGUCGGCCGCCGCACCUCUGGGCGGCCUCCUGUACAUACUGCGCCUCAUCCACUCAUCAUCGUCUCAUCACAUGGCAUCCCAGUGGGCGCCGGCCGGCCGCAUGUUUUGGGUGAGGGGCUUGAUCUGAGGGACGCUGUGCCCGCCGUCGGCCGCUGGCCGUGUGUUUCGCCGGGGCGUGGACCCCGCAGUGGCGUCCGCCGCAGUCUCGCCGGCCGGCAGCCCCUGCUGGGCCGUCUCAGCUGUGACCCAGCGGUGGCGUCCGUCGCAGACCCGCCGGCCGGCAGCCCCUGCUGGGCCGUCUCAGCUGUGACCUAGCGGUGGCGUCCGCCGCAGUCUCGCCGGCCGGCAGCCCCUGCCGGGCCGUCUCAGCUGUGACCCAGCGGUGGCGUCCGUCGCAGACCCGCCGGCCGGCAGCCCCCGCUGGGCCGUCUCAGCUGUGACCCAGCGGUGGCGUCCGCCAGCCCAUGCUGGGCCCGUCCCAUCUGUGAUCUGUGUGGCGCGGCAGACCACGCGCUGUUAUGCCUGGUCUCCGCACUCUUGUAAUAAAAGCGCAGCUGGGACGUGUCUUGUGUCCCAUGCUGGGAAUGUACACUCAGGAUGAAUAUACUCCUUUGGUGCUA